AUGGGUGAAUCAAGCGUUGUUUCUCAAUUUGAUCCUAUUUCAAUUGAUUUGAUAGCGCAAGAUACAAUCGCAUUGGUCAAGUAUCUCGGAAUCAAACAGUUUAAUUUGUUAGGAUGGUCUAUGGGAGGCCUUAUUGCAGUUCAUGUCGCUUCAAACAUUCCAUUAGAUUUUGAACUCGAGAAACUUAUUAUUUGUGCAAGUCAUGCUCAACCUUUAGAAUCUCAUUACUUUGAAACCCUUUAUAAUUUACCAAAGCCACCAGAUCUUCCAAAAAAUAUUCAAGAACAAAAAGAUAAAUUUAUGAGAACGUAUGACAAGGGUUUUAUUGAUUAUAUGGUUGAACAUCCAGACAUAUUUGAUAAAUAUGCAGAGAUACAACUUACAUCCAAUCUUCCAUUUGAGAUUUUCAAACGACAAUGGGAAACGAUUAAAGAAACAAAUAUUUUAUCAAAAUCAAAAACAAUUAAGGUUCCAACUUUGCUAAUUUAUGGUGAAGCUGAUAAAGUUGUUCCGAUUAAAGAAGGUGAACUUCUUGCUCGUGAAAUUCCUAACAACAAAUUUAUUUCAUUUCCUAAAGGUGGACAUACGUUUUGGUUUGGUGCACCGGAAUCUAUAGCUUUUAUAAAUGAGUUUUUAUCUAAUUAA